AUGGACGCCUCUACAUUACAAAAACUCGCUCAGUGGGAGCAGGCUCAUGCCAGCGGGAACAAAAAACCUUUGACCGCAAAGGAGUACCCACCUAUGCGAUCAUGUCAGGAUAUCACACUCAAAGAUAUUCAACCCAUUCAGUUGACUCAGAAGAAGGCGCGGAUCGAAGCCUUAUCAGCCCAGGAGAUGCAGGCCUCGGAGCAAACUACCUCACCCAUCGCCCCAACAUCUCCACCUUCAGAGCAUAUCAAGUCAUCAGGACUGUCAAGGAAAACGUACUACGAGUCAUGGGAUAAGUUCGAUGUGGAUAAGGCACUGGAUGAUUUCGAGAGGGACGACAAGCGGUCAAGCGCCAAACCAUCCAGCAUCAGCACAAACUCGACCAAGACAGCGCCAAAACCGUUGUUAGCAAAGCCUACAGGGGUAACAGCUGUUGAUCAGGUCAAACCAGUAACGACGCCUUCAGACUCUGUGGCAGCAGCUAACGCAGAGAAGGAAAAAGGAAACGAGCUGUUCAAGAAGGGACUGUACGCGAAGGCGAUCGAUCACUACUCUGCAAGUAUGGCAUUGGACCCUUCCAACUCAGUUCUUCCAAUCAACAGAGCCAUGGCACUGCUCAAACUUGAAAGAUUUGCAGAGGCUGAGCGUGAUUGCACAUUGGGACUGAAGCUGGACAACAAGAACGUAAAGGCGCUUUGGAGACGAGGUAUCGCACGUCGGUCACUAGGAAGAGUGAAUGAAGCCAAGAAGGACUUUGAAACAGCACUGACGAUCGAUCCUACCAACAAGGCUGUCAAGGAUGAGCUAGCGAAACUUAAACAGGGAUCUACAACAGCAAUACCAUCAUCAACAGCAAAACCCUCUGCAACAAAAGCCUCCGCCACAUCAACACCAGCCUCAAAAACUGUCCCCAAACCUACCACAGCCAAAAAGCAGGAGUUGCCAGCAUCAGAGUCGUCAAAACCACCAGUCAUCUCCAGCAAGCGUGUUUUGAUCAAGGAAGUCGAUAAUGAUGAAGACUCGGAACUUUUUUCACCCGCCGCCACCAAGCGUAUUGCAGCUGAGUCCAAGUCGACUACACCUGCCGCAUCAAAGAUCACACCAGCUGAGGCUACCCCAAAACCUGUUGCCGUUGAAGUCGUCAAGCCCACUUCAUCACCAACACCUACUCCUACCCUUGCGCCCGUCACACCACUCACCAAACCUACUACCCCACCUAUGACGACCAGCAGCUCAAGGACAAACAUGGUUGCACCCUCUACAACCCUUGACUUUCAACGUGAUUGGAAGAGUUACAGCAAGAACAACGAGCUGUUGUACCAAUACAUCAAGCUUAUUCAACCGGAGGCGAUGCCUGGUAUCUUCAAGAGUUCUUUCGAAUCUGACUACCUUUCGUCCAUGCUGACCGUCUUCAGGACAUUCUACAUCCCGUCGGAGGACCCACAGUUGCUCUACCGUAGUCUGGCCAACCUUGGCAAGGUGCAACGUUUCGACAUGGCGCUGAUGUUCAUGACUGGCACCGACAAGAAAGACCUUGUAUCUAUCUUCCAGCAUCUCGCAAGUCAUGUCAACGACAGCACAACGACAUACUCCCAGCAGGACCUUGCAGCCUUGGCGUCCAAAUUCAAAACCACGAACUACUAA